AUGGGAUCCCACGGUCUUUUGGAGCUUCUCACGGGGCCGGCAGCUGUCAAAAUUGCUGGCCUACUGGGAAGCACAGCGGUCGUCUUCGGAGUGCAGCGACUGGUGCCAACUUUUGAUCCUUCCUGGUAUAAGUCCCUGAGGAAGCCAAACUGGACGCCUCCAAAUUACGUCUUCCCUAUGGUUUGGAUACCACUCAAACUUAUGCAAUCAGUGGCAUUGUGGCUGGUUUGCACCAAGGCACCGACUGCCGGCGCGAUGGCGCUACCCCUGGCCGCGUUUGGAGCGCACAUGUUCCUGGGGAACUGGUGGAACGCUGCAGCCUUCCAUCCCGUCAGCCCUGCCGCCGCGUUCCUCAUGCUGCCAACUCAGGUUUGGGUUACAAUUGCGACUAAGCUCAACUACGACAUCGUGAAGCUGAACACGUAG